GAAUGUCAUUAUGUCCUCUAGAAGAUUCAUAAAGCAGUGCUUAAAGUCGGUGACAUUUGGACACGUGUAGCCAUUUGGGGGCUUGCUAACUGGUUUUCUCAUUCAAACGAAGCACUCAGGCUCUGCAUUUCAGUACCAUUUUGAAGCAGAAGGCAUGGCCGAUACUUCAGCGGGAGCAACUGGUAUAAACAGGGUGGCUGCAAGCCGUGUGCAGACCCCAAAUACAGAUGCACUUUUCUUCACUUACAUCUAGGUCUUAAUGUCAGACAAAGGAUAGAACAAAUUAACUUUAUUUUUGGUAUGGAUUUCUGAUACUUGGUCUCAAACCCAUGUUGAAGGCAAAAUUAUUUUUUUACUCCUGGCUUGCGAUCAGUCUCAUUGCAACUAAGACACGCAUCCGUAAAAAACAAUUGUCAUUUUAUGAUCUCCUUCCUAUUUCUACCCCUUUUUUGUUGAAUGGCAUUGCCAUAAAAAGAUCCUAGAGGUGUUCUGCUUUUAGAUCACUUAUUUAUUUAGACCCUUAUUUAUUUAGAUCACUUCACAGCUGCUCCAGAAGCUGCAAGUGACCGGCCAUGACCACAUCCGAGCCCCUUUUAACCCUUCAGAGGGUCUCGCGGUUAGCCUCGGGGGAGAAGCAUCAGCCAGCCCGGCUCCCCCCACCCAGGGGCACCGAGGCUCCCUCAGCCACCGUGUCGGGGCUGCCCGGCCACCACCGGCCGUGCCGCGCUGAGGAGAAAGGGGCGGGGCCGCCGGGGGUGAAGUCCUGGUGCCCAACGGCCCCGGGCGUCGCCUCGAGCCACGCCAUGGCGGGGGAGCUGCCGUCGGUGGAGGCGUGCCUGGAGCGGCACAUCCCGGCCCCGGAGCUCGUCGAGGUCAAGCGGAUCCUCUAUGGCGGCGAGCCGAGAAAACUUAAUUUGCCAAAUGCUGCUCUAUCAGCAGCUCAGGAAAGAGAUUUUGAGCUACAGGGCUACGGAUUUGAUGCUGCUCCAGAGCAAUUGAGAAGGCCACGUAUUGUUCGAGUAGGACUGGUGCAAAAUAAAAUUCCACUUCCCACAGAUACAGCCGUGGCAGUGCAGGUGGCUGCACUGCACAGACGAAUUGAAGAGAUUGUGGAGGUAGCUGCAAUGUGUGGGGUCAACAUAGUUUGUUUCCAGGAGGCAUGGACCAUGCCCUUUGCUUUUUGUACAAGAGAGAAACUUCCUUGGACUGAAUUUGCUGAGUCAGCAGAGGAUGGACCAACAACAAAAUUCUGUCAAGAGCUGGCAAAGAAAUACAAUAUGGUUGUGAUAUCUCCAAUCCUGGAGCGAGAUGAAAUACACGGAGGAACUCUGUGGAAUGUUGCAGUGGUCAUUUCUAAUUCUGGAGCUAUCCUUGGCAAAAGCAGGAAAAAUCACAUUCCAAGGGUUGGAGAUUUCAAUGAGUCUACUUACUAUAUGGAGGGAAAUACAGGGCACUCAGUGUUUCAGACACAGUUUGGAACAAUUGCUGUGAACAUCUGCUAUGGGCGCCAUCACCCUCUGAACUGGCUCAUGUACAGCAUGAAUGGAGCAGAGAUCAUCUUUAACCCUUCAGCCACUAUUGGAACACUCAGCGAGUCACUGUGGCCAAUUGAAGCAAGAAAUGCUGCCAUAGCUAAUCACUGCUUCACGUGUCCCAUCAACAGAGUGGGAACGGAAUACUACAAAAAUGCCUUUACUUCGGGGGAUGGUGGAAAAGCACACCAUGACUUGGGCCAUUUUUAUGGCUCAAGUUAUGUAGCUGCACCAGACGGCAGUAGGACCCCAGGACUCUCUCGAAUUUGGGAUGGACUUCUUGUGGUAGAGAUGGAUCUAAAUCUUUGCAGGCAAGUCAGUGACAAAUGGAACUUUAAGAUGACCGGUAGAUAUGAAAUGUAUGCAAAAAAGCUCACUGAAGCAGUCCAGCCUUAUUUUACACCCAAUAUAAUCAGAGAGUGAGAGGUCAUCUCAUUACAAUCAAAUGUUACAUAAUAAAUGAAAAGAUACUACUGGAUGCUAGAUUUACUACGAAUCACAAGUUAUUUCCAUGUUGUCAAUUUAAUUUCCUGUAACCAAAUUUUAAAUAGUAGAGUUCAAAACAGUGUUAAGUAAAGUAAUUUUAAAGUGGCUUUGUUUUUUUUGUUUGUUUUUAGUUUACACUAAUGAUUCCAAAUUUUUAUUCCUUACUAGAAUUAUAUUCAUUGAGGAAUACUUUGAUAUAAAAUCACGACAAAAUUUAUUCAGUACCUUG